UAUUUACUGGCUGGAACGAGCAGGGAGAGGAGCUUCCCCAUCGGGCGCUUGCCGCCCGGCUCCAGUGGUGGGAGAGCUCCUUACCCCGCAGCCUCUCUGACUCUCCUGUUGGCAGAGACCCGCAGGCCAUGAGGACUGGUCAAAGACAGUGAGAGGACGUGAAAGGGUAAACCCCGGUGCCCCCACAGUCUUAUCUCUCGCCCUGACGUGCCUACACACCUGCCGGAGGGUUAACCGUAAGCCGGUGCCUGUAUGGCCGCCUUACUGAUGCCACGCAGGAACAAAGGGAUGAGGACUCGACUGGGAUGCCUGUCUCACAAGUCAGACUCGUGUAGUGAUUUCACAGCGAUUCUUCCCGACAAACCCAACCGUGCUCUGAAGAGACUAUCCACGGAAGAAGCCACAAGGUGGGCAGAUUCCUUUGAUGUGCUUCUCUCCCAUAAGUAUGGGGUGGCUGCGUUCCGCGCCUUUUUGAAGACGGAGUUCAGCGAGGAGAACCUGGAAUUCUGGUUGGCCUGCGAGGAGUUCAAGAAGACCAGGUCAACUGCAAAACUGGUCUCCAAGGCUCAUAGGAUCUUUGAGGAGUUUGUGGAUGUGCAGGCUCCGAGGGAGGUAAACAUAGACUUCCAGACUCGAGAAGCCACGAGGAAGAACAUGCAAGAGCCAUCUUUGACCUGCUUCGACCAAGCCCAGGGGAAAGUACACAGCCUCAUGGAGAAAGACUCUUACCCCAGGUUCCUGAGGUCCAAAAUGUACUUAGAUUUGCUGUCCCAAAGCCAGAGGCGGCUCAGUUAGACCUCAGAUGGGGACUCUGGGAGAUCACCGGCUUUCCCCUCCCCUCGCUACCAAGACCAUCUUCUAAUGUGAAAUGUCAUAGGUGUUCAAAAGCAGUGGUGUUUAGGUUGGGAGGCCGGGGGCGAGGAGGGGAUGAAGGGCUGUUCCGAAGCAUGACCCAGCCGCCAGAGCUGGGACUCUGCUCCAUUUGCCCAUGUUCGUGUUUUGGUUAGUGGUAGCAUCUGGCUACUGACACCCUUCUCUG